AUGAUGGAAAAACUCCGUUGCACAUUGCAUGUUUACGAAGACUCCAUCGAAAUUGUUCGUCUUCUAUUGGGCCAAGGUGGUGCUGAUUUGGAAGCGAUGGACAAUGAUGUGGUUUCGCCUCUACUGAUCAAUAUCGAGAGCCAUGUUUACGACACGGACAGGAGGGACUUGGAAGUCGUUCGCCUCAUGAUCAGUCUAGGUGCUGACGUGGAAAUAGGCCACCUAGUGAGCUUGACUCCCUUGCAUUUGGCAUCUGGUAGAGGCGGCACUAUCGAGCUUAUGGAACUCUUGUUGGACCAAGGAGGCAGCAAUUUGGAAAGCAGGAGUGGCGGUGAUGAUACCCCUUUGCAAUAUCGUUUGCGGGCUUUGGAAGCAAGGAAUGAAGUUGGCUCUACACCUUUGCAUAUCGCAUGCGCCGAGGGAGAAGGGAAUGUUGUUCGCUUCCUUUUGGAUCGAGGUGCCAGUUUGGAAGCAAGAGACAACAACUACAAUACACCCUUGAAUAUUGCAUGUUCCGAAGGGAAUAAUGUCGAGGUAGUCCGUUUGCUAUUGGAUCGAGGUGCUGAUGUGGAAGCAACGAACAAUAUGGGAUGGCGGUCGUUGCAUAUUGCAGCCGUUAACAAUUGUACAGAUAUCGCUCGGGUACUUCUGCGCCGGAGUACCGUGGUAGAUGCCACAACACUUGCAAAGACGACUGCACUGUCGUUGGCCUGUCAAAUGGGCCAUGUGGAGAUGGUCUGGAUGCUGGUGAGUCAAUGUCCGUGGCUUGUUGAUGGGCAUGGGCAAGCUUGCGUAACUUGA